CCUGUCUCGCCUCGAGAUUAGCGGCAACGUCAAAAUCAUCCACGACAACAGCUUUGAAAACGUUCCCCGGCUGAAAAGGCUGGUACUGUUUGGACUGGCGCAGAUCAUCAGCAUCAGCCAAGACGCAUUCGGGGAGCUCAAGUCCUUGGAUUCCCUCAGAAUCGACCGUGUUCCGUUGGGCCUCAUGAAAACUUUAAAACUGUUUCGUCCAUUAGGGAAUAGAAACAUGAGUUCGAUCUUCAUUAAGAUGGUUGAGUACUCAGUGUCCGCCGACGACGGGAGUUUGUUGAUGAGGGACUGUUUCAUCGAUCGGGACAAGACCCAGUAUUUGACGAGUAUUUGCGUCAAAGAUUUCUCACUGACGAACAACCAGAUUUUUGUCAUGCAGGAAGAUGCCCUGUACAGUCCAAUAUGGGAGUCGUGCCUAAGAAGCAUAGAUCUUUCCAACAAUCCGUUGUGCGGGACCAGGGAGGCUUUUCUCCGGCUAUUGACAUUUAAGAACCUCGAACGUAUUUCCGUGGCGGACACACUGAGAGCCCG